AUGUCGCCCAGCGCACUACCCGCUCAAAAUUCCUACAGCAUCGCCUCCAUGGGGGCUGAUGGCAUCGGCCCGGAGGUCGUCGAGGCUGGUGUUGAGGUCCUCAAGGCUCUCUCCGACACCCUUGGUACAUUUGACCUCAAUUUCACCGACUAUGACUGGAGCUCUGAGACAUACAAGAAGACGGGCAAGUACAUCCCGGACGGCGGUCUUGAGCAGCUCAAGAAGCACGACGCCAUCCUCUUUGGCGCCGUCGGUGCUCCAGACGUUCCCGACCACAUCUCCCUCUGGGGUCUGCGAUUGGCAAUCUGCCAGCCCUUCCAGCAGUACGCCAACGUUCGCCCCACCCGCGUCCUCCGUGGCACCCAGUCUCCCCUCCGCAACUGUGCCGAGGGCGAUUUGGAUUGGGUCAUCAUCCGUGAGAACAGCGAAGGCGAGUAUGCCGGCCAGGGUGGCCGUUCUCACCGCGGAUUCCCUUGGGAGACUGCCACCGAGGUUUCCAUUUUCACUCGCCACGGCGUUGAGCGCCUGAUCCGCUUCGCUUUUGAGACUGCCCGCAGCCGUCCCCGCAAGCUCCUCACAUUUGUCACCAAGAGCAAUGCUCAGCGCAACGGCAUGGUUCUCUGGGACGAGGUCGUCUACGAGGUUGCCAAGGACUUCCCUGACGUCUCCCUCGACAAGAUGCUGGUUGACGCCAUGACCACGAGGAUGGUCCUCAACCCCAAGAGCUUGGACACCAUCGUCGCCACUAACCUGCACGCCGACAUUCUGUCCGACCUGGCUGCCGCUCUUGCCGGGUCCAUUGGCAUCGCCCCAACUAGCAACCUGGACCCUACCCGCACGAACCCGUCCAUGUUCGAGCCCAUCCACGGCUCCGCCUUCGACAUCACCGGCAAGGGUGUCGCCAACCCCGUCGCGACCUUCUGGACCGCCGCCGAGAUGCUCGAGUGGCUCGGCGAGAAGGAGGCCGCUACGCAGCUCAUGGAGUGCGUCGAGAACGUCACAGGCAAGGGCAUCGUCACGGCCGACCUCGGCGGCAAGGCGACGACGAAAGAGGUGACCGCCGCGGUUGUGGCUGAGAUCAAGGCUACCCUUGGGAAGGGUAAAGCUCAAUAA